AUGACUGAACAGAGUGGAUUUCUGCCAGGGAUGCACUGCAUGUGCUACCACCCCGCGCACGCGUGGGUGCGGGGUGUCAUUGACAGCUUCGACGGCAGGCACGUCUCCGUGAGCACGUUGACCCCUGUGAAGGAGCAGGUGUCAAAGCUUCUUUCCGAGGACGUGUUUGUGUGCGACGAACACGCCAUGGCCGAGGACGUUGAUGACCUGCUGAAACUCUCCGUGCUGCAUGAGGGGACGCUGCUGAACUGCCUGUACUCUCGCUACUUUCGUGACGUGGUGUACACAAACAUUGGGGCUAUUGUUGUGGCACUCAACCCGUUCAACUUCAACAUCCCUUGGUACAUGGACAGCAAGAUGCCGGACUACCUCGCCGAGGGAGAGACGAUUCAGCACAACAUGCCCCACUCAUGGGCGGUGGCACAUUCGACGUACUACGAGAUGCGGCGUGACGGGCAGAACCAGUCCAUUAUUGUCUCGGGUGAGUCGGGCGCGGGCAAGACGGAGGCGGCAAAGAUUGUCAUGAAAUACCUCGCCGCCCUCAGCGCGCUUCAAGGCACCGAGCAGGAAAAAAAAACCGGCUCAUUUGUCGGAGAACGCAUGAUUCAAUCGAACCCCAUCCUUGAGGCCUUUGGAAACGCCAAGACGGUGCGCAACGACAACAGCUCCCGCUUUGGCAAACUCAUGCGCAUCAAGUUUAACCGGAAUGGACUCCUCACAGGGGCGGACGUGACAAAAUAUCUGCUGGAGAAGUCGCGCAUCGUCACUUCAGGACUAAAUGAGCGCGUCUACCACGCUUUUUAUCUACUGCUACGAGGCCGCGAUCGAGAGCGAUACGGGCUUGAAGCACUCCCACAGUACCGUAACGUGAUGGCGGGCAAGGCGCCCGAUAUUGAGGGCGUCGACGACGCGGCGGACUACGAUGACGUCAACACGGCGAUGGGUAUCUGUGGCUUUUCCCAGGAGAAGGUGGAAUCGGUGUGGCGCUGCGUGGGGGCCGUGCUGUCGCUUCUCAAUGUGGAAUUUAUCGCCACUGGCCCUGACACCUGUGAGAUUGACCCACGGACGGAGCGCUACAUCGCGGAUGGUUGUCGCCUGCUCUCCAUCCCCGCGGAGAAGUUGAAGGAGGAGUUAACGACCACCACCCUCACACUACGUGAGGGACCCGUGGUUACGAGGCUAACGAAGGCCAAAGCCGAAGAUGCGAGCAGUUCCUUUUGCAAAGCCCUCUAUAACAAUCUCUUUGAUUUCCUUGUGACGGCCAUUAAUCAAACCAUGGACACAGAGGAUUACACUACCUGGGUGGCGUUGCUGGACAUCUUUGGGUUCGAGGAUUUUAAGGUGAACUCCUUUGAGCAGCUGUGCAUCAACCUCACUAAUGAAACGCUGCAGCGGCACUACAAUUAUUUCAUCUUUUCGCGGGACAUGGAUGAGUGUCGUGAGGAGGGUAUCGAUGUGACGGAGGUCACAUUCCCUGAUAACACCGCAUGUGUGGAGCUGAUCAGUGGCAAGGCUGGGAUUCUCGCAAUACUGGACGAAGACUGCCUCUUGGCGAAGGCCACCGACAACAGCUUCCUCGACAAGAUCACCGAGAGGUUUGCCGGUAAAUCUCCUUUCUUUGGGCGACCACGAUUGGCCAGAGUGCCUUGUUUUCGCAUCGCGCACUACGCCGGCACGGUGACAUACGAGGUGGAUGGCUUUAUCGAAAAGAGCCGCGACACCCUCAAGGAUGCCUUUAAGGUGCUGCUCAAUGAGAGCACGGAUUCCCUGAUCAAAACGCUGCUCCCCAUGCCAAAUCCAGACUGUAAAUCCCGUUACACAGUGGGUGGUUUUUUUCGAAUUCAGCUGAAGGAUCUUAUGGCGGUGAUACACAGCACGAAUCCGCACUGGAUCCGCUGCAUCAAGCCUCAUCCCGCCAAAAAACCACUACAUUUUGACGGGGUGCAAACCUUAACGCAACUGCGUAGUAGUGGUGUACUUGGGACGGUGCAGAUUCGCAAGGCGGGCUAUCCCAUCCGCAUUCCAAUUGUUGCUUUUGCGAAGAAGUACAAAGUUUUGGUGCUUUCUGAAGCAUUAGACUUUGGCGAUGCCGUGGGGGUGACGCGCGCCGUUUUGAAGGCCGCUGGAUUUGACCUGCGGAAUGCGCAAAUAGGAAAGUCACGUAUCUUCCUCAAGUCCGAGGCGUAUCAACAGCUGGAAGUAGUGAAGAAGCAGAAACUGCAGGUAUUUGCUAGGGUGGCCGUGAGUGGCGCGUUGGUCUCGCUGGCGAGGAUGCGUACUGCGGCGUUGGUUCGCCAUCGCUCUGCGGAGAUUGUUCAAGGAUUCCUCCGGCAGCGAAGUGGUCAGCAGUUUUAUCGUGAGAAGGAAUAUGCAUCCCACAAGGAGAAGGUUAUUGCUGAUGUUCUUCAAUUACUGAAGUUGCAGCAGCUGGAGUCGGAGGCGCGAAGCGCCUUCAUGGCGGAACGUGAGCGAUUCUACAACGGUAUCACCGCUAAACGCAAUCGGCUUGUGGAGGACCUCUACGAGCAGUGGCUCACGGAGAAACCAAUACGCGAUGCCGUGGCGUUGGAAUCCCUUAUCGCAGCCGAGGCAUGCGCCCGCAAGGGACUGCAGUCAGUUGCCGUGACUGAAUUGCGGCACACGCUUGUCUUUUUCGAGGACGAUUACGAUAAUGCAAGCAAACGUGAAGAGGAACGUCUGGCGGCGGUGCGUGCCGAAGAGGCGGCAGCGCAGCGAGAGGCCCAACGACGUGAGGCAGCAAUCGCCCGCGCAGAGGCGGAGAGGCGCAAGGAGGAGGAACGGCGUCUUGCCAUUGCGCUUUGGGACAAGCGAAAGCAGGAAGUGGAACAGCGGGUGGCACGACGGGAGGCGGAGCUGCGACGCCUACAUGAAGGCGUUUGUGACGCAACGAAGUCGUUGAGUAUCUCCCUCGCACUUAAAAGGCAGGAACCUGUGCUCCAGGCACGACAACGGGCCGAAUACCCUGCACCGCCAUUUCGCCCCUGUGGGGUUGGUUCCCUACGGUAUCCUAGCAUUGGGCCAGGCGAGUUGCGAGACGGCUUCGCGGCAUCGCCGUUGGGUGGUGAGUAUAGCGGCGCACAGAAGACCCCAAACAGGAGCCGCUCCCGCCAUGGGGGUGUCAGAAACAGCAACCAUUGCACACAUCUGGAUCCAAUGCGAGAGGCGCUACAAUUCGGCAAGGAAUGCGUCUGUCCGGGCAAUGCCGGCUCACUGGAUAUGGUGCGUCGUCUCCGACAUCUUCAGUCGGUGGGCGACAAAUUGCUCGUUUCCAAAACUGGAGAGCUGGGUGGUUCAUUGAAUCCGUAUAGUGCGAAUUGGAGAGCACCGAUAGACGGCGUUGUGAAGCUUCCGGACGGCUCCUUCUGCAGGCUUGCAGAUUCUGCCGCUAUGGGCGACACGUCGAAUACGCAUUGCGAGCGCCGCAACGGCAGCGGUGGGCGUGGUCGUUACGUGUCGCACAGUACGAUGGACUUUGAUCCGUGA